CCACUCAAACUAUUCACACAAAAUGUUGGAAGCUUUACAUUCGCAAACACAACACGUUGCACCAUAAAACCAUUACUGGUCCAGGUACAUACAUAAGCAGCACCAAAGACAUUUCUCGUCAUGGGUUCUAUUGGAAUUGAGAGCUCGGGACCCGAGGUUGUCACAGUUGAUGUACAUGCAACCAAGGAUCUGAUCCAGACCAGUCAUGUUUAUCUGGAUGUCAGGACGGUGGAAGAGUUCCAGAAAGGACAUGUGGAUGCAGAGAAGAUCAUUAACAUUCCGUACAUGUUUAAUACACCGGAAGGCAGAGUGAAGAAUCCAGAAUUUCUUAAGGAGGUUUCAUCUGCUUGUAAGAAAGAAGAUCACAUCAUCGUGGGUUGUCAAAGUGGAGUGAGAUCUCUAUAUGCAACUGCGGAUCUUCUGACCGAAGGAUUUAAGGAUGUGAGCAACAUGGGAGGAGGAUAUAUGGACUGGGUUAAAAAAGAAUUUCCAGUGAAAGCACCUUUGGAGUUGGUUAAAAACGAAGUGCCAGUGAAAACACCUUUGGAGUUGGUUAAAAAUGAAUUUCCAGUGAACCCACCUAUAGUUGGUUAAAAAAGAAUUGCCAAAUUGAAAAAAUUAAGGAGCUCUGAUAUGAUCAUUGCUCUUUGUAUUAUAGUUUCCAUGGAUGUUAUUACGUUAUCUUUCGUAUUUACUACUUUCAGCUUGUUAAUUAAGAAGACUAUUAAGAAAACAAUGUAAUUGUAUCUACUUAAGUGAAAUAAUGCACAAGGGUUACCUGCGUAAAGCCAUUCAGAGUC